AUGGGUGAUAGAAGAAGGCAUAGCAUGGCAAUGCAGAUGGCACAAUACCAAGCAAGGAUCGAGAUUGAGGAUGCAGAAUUGUUCAACGCCGAAGUUGAACUUGUCAACUCGUUUAUGCAAUCUGAGCACCAUGGCGAAUCUAGCCAUUGUGGUUCUGUCACGGGGCAUUCAUAUGUGCAGCGUGACAGAGAAGAGUGUCAUGACAUAAUGAUGAAAGAUUAUUUCAUCGAGUGUCCGAGAUUUCCUGCUCAUGAUUUUCGGAGGCGGUUUCGGAUAAGGAGAGAGCUUUUUGAAAGCAUCUUGAACGCAGUUGUCAAUCAUGACCAUUACUUUGCAAGGAGGCUAGAUGCCGUAAGCCGACAAGGUCUAUCACCUCAUCAGAAGCUCACAUCUGCUUUUUGCGUGCUAGCUAAUGGGUGCUCUGCAUACUCAAUUGACGAGUAUUGCCGACUUGCAGAAAGUACUGCUAUUGAGAACCUGAAGCGCUUCUGUAAGUGGAGGUUCCAUUUCGAUAAGGUGCAUGUGGCUAAAAUAGAUACAUUCCACUCGUGGCUAAAAUAG